AUGGAGGGCAUUGCCGCCAAGAUGUUGUUCAAAGAGAGUGAACUUGAGAGCACCAACAGCUUGAGUAUUGCCUGUGAGACUCCAAUGUUUGCAGAGGUUCUUGAAGGAGAGAUGGUGGGAUAUGACGAAACUGAGUUUUUACGUUCCAAAAAGAAACUAUUCAAGUACAAAGUUUUUGACACGUACGAUCGGACUUUGAUUGUGAUGUCGGGAUUUGCCGGACUCAAGUCUGUCGGACAUUCUAUAUCCACAGAAAAAGGGAAUGACCCUAUACAAGUGGGAUAUUGA